ACUGCCCAUUUUUGUAGGGAAAGUCGCGUCACUGUGUUGAGUGUCUGAAGCCGUUGGCUUCGAACCGCCUGGCUUUGUAUCUUAUCUAUUAGCGUUAAAAUGUUAAUUAAUUUCCUUGUUAUAUCAAUUUUGCAAUCUUUGGAAAGAGAUAACAUGGUUUAGCUUUAAACACGUGGAUUACAGCGGAAGCCAUCUAUCAAAAGAUUUCAGACAAAGUAGGUAGCUAGCUACUGGAUUAUGGGGACACAUUUUGAAAGAGCAGCUAGCUAGCCUUGCUAGCUAACCAGCACCGUUCAUAUAAAGAACGAAUCUUGUUUUUUUUGGUUUUGUUGUUGGAACACAGGAAUAAAUGCAAAAUAUUGCGACCCCUUUCUAAAGUACUGACGUUCUUGAGGAAACUUACUAUGACCGAGAUGUGGUUGUCCCACCUAGCUAUCUUGAGAUGAAUGCACUAACUAUUGCGGAGUUCCUCCUCUGGACGGUGGAGCAAUGAGCUUCUGAAAGACACUUGAUCACAUGGCUCCCAUUCCCUUUGUUGACCACCAGGAUUAAAAAUGAGCAUUAGCAGUGAUGAGGUCAACUUCCUGGUGUACAGAUACCUGCAAGAGUCAGGCUUCUCCCACUCGGCGUUCACCUUUGGCAUAGAAAGCCACAUCAGCCAGUCCAAUAUCAACGGAGCCCUGGUUCCCCCUGCUGCCCUCAUCUCAAUCAUCCAGAAGGGCCUGCAGUACGUGGAGGCAGAGGUCAGCAUCAAUGAGGAUGGCACUCUGUUUGACGGGAGGCCCAUCGAGUCGCUGUCUCUGAUCGACGCUGUGAUGCCCGAUGUGGUGCAGACGCGGCAGCAGGCCUACCGGGAAAAGCUGGCCCAUCAGCAGGCAGCCGGGGCUGGCAGCGCCAGUGGCACCCAGGGCCCCCAGCCCGGCAGCACCAAGAAUGGAGAGGGUGGAACCGCUGCCAACGGCGAGGAGAAUGGCGCCCACGCCUUAGCAAACCACCAUGCAGACAUGAUGGAGGUGGACGGGGAUGUUGAGAUUCCCCAGAACAAGGCCAUGGUGCUGCGAGGGCACGAGUCCGAGGUGUUCAUCUGUGCCUGGAACCCCGUCAAUGACCUGCUCGCCUCAGGGUCUGGGGAUUCAACGGCGCGGAUCUGGAACCUGAGUGAGAACAGCACAGGCAGCUCCACCCAGCUGGUGCUGAGACACUGCAUACGGGAGGGGGGUCAGGACGUACCCAGCAACAAAGACGUCACCUCACUGGACUGGAAUAGUGAGGGUACGCUGCUAGCCACAGGCUCGUACGAUGGCUUUGCCAGAAUAUGGACUAAAGACGGGGACCCCUUUGUGUGGCUCAAGAGCAACCUCGAAGGCAAAAGUAACCUCGCCAGUACCUUGGGCCAGCACAAAGGUCCUAUAUUUGCCCUCAAAUGGAAUAAGAAAGGCAACUUUAUCCUCAGUGCAGGAGUAGAUAAGACCACGAUCAUUUGGGAUGCUCACACAGGGGAGGCCAAGCAGCAAUUUCCCUUUCACUCAGCGCCAGCGCUGGACGUGGACUGGCAGAGCAACAACACGUUUGCCUCCUGCAGCACGGACAUGUGCAUCCAUGUGUGUAAGCUGGGCCAGGACCGGCCAGUCAAGACCUUCCAGGGACACACGAAUGAAGUGAACGCAAUCAAGUGGGAUCCUACGGGGAGUCUGCUGGCCUCCUGCUCCGACGACAUGACACUCAAGAUCUGGAGUAUGAAGCAGGACUCGUGUGUCCAUGACCUGCAGGCCCACAGUAAGGAGAUCUACACCAUCAAGUGGAGCCCCACGGGGCCUGGGACCAACAACCCCAAUGCCAAUCUGAUGCUGGCCAGUGCGUCGUUUGACUCGACUGUGCGCCUGUGGGACGUGGAGCGCGGCGUGUGCAUCCACACGCUCACCCGCCACCAAGAGCCUGUCUACAGUGUGGCCUUCAGCCCCGACGGGCGCCACCUAGCCAGUGGCUCCUUUGACAAGUGUGUCCACAUCUGGAACACACAGACGGGUGCAUUAGUUCACAGCUACAGGGGAACGGGGGGCAUCUUCGAGGUGUGCUGGAACGCCACGGGGGAUAAAGUGGGAGCCAGCGCGUCAGACGGAUCAGUUUGUGUACUAGACCUGAGGAAAUGACGCUCGUUUGGGGAGCCAUGGACCGACUACGAAUGUGUACAUAGCCAAAAUGACUGUCCCAGCCUGUCGUCUACACUGCUGUAGUCCCAUCAGAAGCCAUGGCCCAUCCUCACAGCCACCACCACCACCAUUACCAUCACAGCCAAACAGAGCACCCCAACACCCCAUAAACACAGACUACCCCUCCAGAGAAGAGGUCAAACUAACCCCCAGCAAAGGGGAUCUGGACUUCCCUCAAGUCCGACUCAGACCCACAGGAGAGAAAAAGGACUAUAUUAUGGUCACCGAGACAAAAAUCAUAUUGAAGAGAAGAGGACCCAUUGCAUACAUACCAAAAUAUCUGCAAUUUGUUGUUUGUUUUAUUUAUUUUUUAUCCUUUAUACCAGAAAUGAGAAAUGUUAAGCUUUUUUCCCCCCAUGUUGUUGGUGUGUGCAUAUUGUACAUGUCCACAUUUUUUGUUGUCCUGUGGCCAUUUUGUUUUGCUGUAGGUUUGUGUUACAUGUCGAGAGAGGUAAGGUCAGUAGGAUUUUUUUUCUUAAAUUUGGGUUUCAAACUGAUAUUGGGAGAAAUCAUUCAUUUUGGCACUGUCCAUGCAUGUUUUUGUGGUUCACAAAUACAUUGAACAACAAAUAUAUAUUUAUAAAGUUGAAAUAGGUUCAUUUGUUUUCAAUUCAAAGCUUCAAACAAUUAAAUUCAAAGUUUUUUUUUUCAGUUUGCCAAAAUCCUUUUAUUAAACAUUUUUGGGAGAGCAGUUAGAGGGGAUUAAAGGUGCCAUAUGCAUACUUGUACUUCUUAUUACCUUUAAAUGGCUUCAGGUGUGCAAAACUGUUAGCUUAGUAGAUAUCUGAGAAUUAUAAUAAACUCUUGGACUAAAGAUCAUCACUGCAGCUACUAGAAAGCCCCAUCCUCUUACAUUCUAACUACAUGUGAUGUUAGAUUUGAGUGUAAUGGAUUGGUUAGGGGAAGUUGCAGACACUGAUCUAAGGUCAGUUUGGCGUUUUCUCCCGUAAUGGCUAUGGCUAGGAUUGGGGGAUGGUAAGCUGAUCCUCGAUUUGUGCCUCUCGGGGAGCUUUUAGCCAGAAUAUAGGGAUGGCAGUGCUUUGGGUAGCUCAUGAAUGACAGGACAACCCACAUUCAAAGCCACAAUGUCCUACAGGCGGGUUGUGUUCAGUAGGACACUAAGUAGCAACAAGUUUUGCAAUGGAAAAACACGUGUUUCACUUUGGACACGUUCAAUUAGAACCUCCACGUUUCAGAACGAUUUCUCCCUAUUGAACACUCUCCAUGUAUCCUGAUUGGUUGAUAGAGGAUGUUACCAUUAACAUCUGAGCUGUGCUAUUCACGAUAUGUUGUACCUCCACUGUCCAUCGCGUGCUGAGCUAACAAAUGCUAAAUGAUAAUCAGACUAAGCCAUCACUUAAGUUUAUUUUUUGCUUUGUUUUGUUGACCGGUCUUGCUUGGUAAUUAAUCUGGACAUACUGUAGCUGUCUUGAUUUCAGCAGUAACACUUGCAUAGAGUGGGCGUGUACUGUACAGAGGACCUUCAUAGCACCUACAUAAGUAUUACGCCCGGCCCUUUCAAAUGUCUGCAGUCAGUUUCAACCAUGCUUCCUUCAAUCGACAACCAACUCAUCACAUUUGAAAUGUUAAGGCUGGGCAACCUUAUUGCAAUUUGUCAUGUUGAACAAAAUGUUAUGAUUGUCAUUGACUGUUGAUGUCUGGGAUCUAGUGAUGUUUAUGUUGAUGUCUUCAGGUGUCAUGUUUAGGUGGUUGACUCCGACGUCAAAGUUAGACGGUAGUUUUCGGGCCCGAAAGAGGUCUAAAGGCGUCCGCAUGCUUCAGUUUGCCUGUUGGCUAGCCAAAGUCGGCUAGGCGAACUGAACAAGUGUGCUCGUAUACUUCCGUAAAAGACCUUCACUUAAAAAAA